AUGAACUUCAUUCCUUUCAGCAGCACCUCAGCUUCGCCUCGUUCCCUCUCUAAUACUGACCUCACGAACGAGAUCGAACGUCGUAUCGGCCUUGUUGGACAGAGGCUGGACUUCAUCGCUCAACCAGGUGGUGAUAUUAGAACCUAUGCUCACCAUGUGACAGAGCUCAUCGAGAGGGCACGCAGUGGUGACGACAUUGCCGCUGUCGCUAGCUACGACUGGCUGCCUUGGUUAUGA